UCUAUAAAAUGUUGCACGUUCCGUUCGCAGACGACGGAUAUCUCCAAGAAAUUCACGGCACUGCACGCCGAAUACACGGACGUGAUAAUGGCCGCCAUGAACCAGAGCGUCGUGGCCGGCACCCCGGUCAACCCGCCCAUCUGGUGGCUGGACCCGACCGACGAGGCGGCCCUGAAGGAGGACUCAGAGUUCCUCCUGGGCGAGAGCCUGCUGGCGGCCCCGGUGCUGGAGAUGGGCGCCACCAGCCGCGACGUGUACCUGCCCUUUGGCAAGUGGGUGGACGGCAACAACGGCAAGAAGUACACGGGACCCGUCACCAUCAAGAACUACAGCGCGCCGCUCGACACCCUGCCCUGGUUCUACAUCGAGGGCUCCAUCGCGGACAAGUCGGGCCGCUCCACCUCGGCCGCGUCCUCACCCAGCUCGCACGCUCUCUCCCUCACCUGUGCGCUCGCGCUCGCACUCACCGUCAAGUUCUUCUAGUAUAAAGCUCCUUAGUCAUUU